AGUGAGCCCAAGUCAGGGGCUGGGACAGGGCAGCAGCGGGUUACUCUUUGCUGUGUAGACAGACUCCGUCAGUCCAAAGCGAGAGCUCCGUGUCUCUCCAGAAGGCAGCACCUAACCCUGCCACCCAGCACCUUUCCCCUUUGUUCUCCAGCUGGGGCCUCAGCUCAGCUUCCCAGCGCAGCCGUAGGGGGAAAACUCCUUCCUCCGGGUCGCUGGUUGCCAGGGCCGAGUGUCCAAGCCACUGUCUUGUCGGAUUCUCCAUUGAUCUGGGGGUCGGUUUCCAGCCAGCCCUUUAAUGGCCCAGUCAUUCCACCCCAGACAGCAGGAUGACCACACAACCCCAUGCUCCUAGCCCCCCACAUGUCUUCUGUGCUGCUUCAGGAGCAGUGUUAACCCUCCUGCACCCACUGGGUAGCUACACAAAGCAGAGAGGGAAACUGAGGCACACACAUAGGAAUCAUAAAAAAUAUUAAAGAAAAUUUCCACCUGGUCACACCUACCCCAAUGCGCAUCCAUCAGCACCCCCUCAGCCUGCCCCCACCCCAACGACCCUGCACUGUUCUGGGUUAAGCUCUUCCCCACACACACACGUCCCUUUUCAUUCUGUUUUUCACACAUCCUCUUUCCCCCCAACUGACUCCCUGUUGUCCCCCUCAUUCCUCCUCAGUUUGCCACCCCCAACAUGUGCCCUUCUCUGCAUCCCGCCCCUCCACACACACGUCCCCUCUGGCCUUCCCAGUCUGCCCAGCUCACCCCCCCACACACACACGCCCUCCACCCGCUUCUUCCUCUUCCUGCCUCUAGCUCUGUACACAGUCUGCCAACCCCAGAGGCCCAGCCACUUCCCCCCAGGAGAGCCUGGCUUCAGCCUCCCUGAAAACAAUGGGAGCUGGUGGCCCCCUUCGCUAGGGGCAGCCUCUCUUCCACACGUCAAAUGGUGGGGAAAUGGCGGCCAUCUUGAGUCAGGGCUUCUUGGCAUCAGACUCUCCUCUCCCACAAAAGUCAUGGCAGAGGCCGGCCAUGUCGAACAUGUGCGAUUUCACUGCCAGGAAUGCUGAGACCACAUGUGUCAAUUCCCAGAUGCCGGUGACCUUCGAGGAGGUGGCUGUGUAUUUCGCCCAGGGGGAAUGGGCCUUGCUGGACCCGGGUCAGAGAGCCCUCUACAGGGACGUCAUGCAGGAGAAUUACAGGAAUGUGACCUCGCUGGAGCAGGUUUUCCAAUUCCCAAGCCCAGCGUGAUCUCCCAGCUGGACCGAGGGGAAGAGCCGUGGAUCCUUGAUCUCCAGGGGUCCCAGGCUAGAGAGAUCCAGAGAAACAUCCCCAGAGCAGGUGAUGAGACGCUGAGUGAGAGCAAUGAAGAGAAUCCUUGUCCCGCAGGUCCUGAGCGAAUGGAACCAAAGGGGGCGUUGCUGGGAAGGUGUGAAGGGGAUGAUCCCCAGAGUCAUGGGCAGGCCAGAGAAACUCAGGGCAGGCCAGAGAAGCAGCAGGGAAACCCCCCCGGGAAGACACUGGGUGAAUCCACUCACCGAGGGGGACGUUUGGAAGAUCUCAAUGUGGCCAUGAUCCAGGCGAGAACCUGUACUAAGGAGAAGCGGUUUGAAUGUGCCGAGUGCAGGAAAUGCUUCAGUUAUGGAUCACACCUUGUUAGACAUCAGAGAUCUCACACAGGAGAGACCCCCUAUCACUGCCCUGAGUGUGGGAAACAAUUCAAUGACCAGUCAAACCUUAUUAGACAUCAGCGAACCCACACAGGAGAGAGACCCCAUAAGUGCCCUGACUGCGGGAAAUGCUUCAGUCAGAAGUCAGACCUUAUUGUACAUCAGAGAAUCCACACGGGAGAGAAAUGCCAUAAAUGCCCUGACUGUGGACAAACCUUCACUCAGAGUGCACAUGUAACCAGACAUCAGAGGAUUCACACGGGCGAGAGACCCUAUGGAUGCCCAGAGUGUGGAGAAAGCUUUGCUUGUACCUCAGACCUUAUUAUACACCUGAGAGUCCACACGGGAGAGAAACCCUAUAGCUGCCCCGACUGUGGACAAAGCUUCACUCAGAGUCAUCACCUUACUGACCAUCGGAGAAUCCACACAGGAGAGAGACCCUUUGCCUGCCCCGACUGUGGGAAAAGCUUCAGACAAAAAUCUGGUUUCAAUGUCCAUCGGAGAAGGCACACGGGAGAGUGCCCCUAUCAAUGUUCCAUCUGUGAGGAAAGGUACAAGACCAAGACUUCCUUAAUAUUCCACAUGAAACUCCACAUUGACUAGUGCUGGCCAUUUUCCCUCCUCUUCUCUCUGCAUCCGUAGAGAUCGGAGGAACGGUGGGGAUAAUAAAGAGUUGCCCAGUGCCCUAGGGAGCCAAGUGGCUCCGCUAUUGACGUGAGUGCUGUGUGUCUCAGGAGGACGGAGGCACCAGGCGAGUGACAUUAUUAUUACUGUAUUGCAUUAUUCUCUGACCCUCUCCCAUCCCUUCCCGGCACUCUCUGUCAGGGGCAGGCCGAAGGGUUCAGCUGGGUGUCCUGGUCCCUGUUUUCAGCCAGGGGCUCAGUUCACAUUGUUGUACACUGGGAUGAUUCUGGAAAUUGCUGCCCCUGGAGGCAUUUUCUCCCUGUUCUGCAUGGCGGGGAGAGGAGGGGUCUGAAAUUUCUGGAAAGUCGGAUGUCUGUGGAAUCUUUAUUGCUUAUUGAAUUAUUUUCUCAGUAUUACUUAAUUAUGUGUUUUUUAUCCCCAAAUUAGAUGCAAAUAAAACUUUUCUGGCAAAUCCCA